AGUCCUAAGCAGGAGUAGUUGAUAGGGAAAAACGAAUUGCUUUCACUUAGCAAGAACGUUGACUCUCAAGUAGAAGCCUUAGAAGAGUUUUUCUUUUUGCUUGAUCCAUAUUCCUCAAGUAAAACACUUGCUCUCCAUGAACUGGAACACUUGUUCGUCGUUCUUGAAGAAUUGAAGCAAGCACAUCACAAUUCGAAGAUCACAACAUUCAACAUCCAGUCCAUCUAGUACACCUUCACCUAGUACAACAUCUACUAAUACUAGCACUCAUUUUUAGAAGAAGCAGGAAAAGCAAAAAUCAUGGUGACCACAGCUGGUUCGAAAGAUGGGGACUAUUUCUCCCUAAACACGGCAAUCGUCCAAAAACUCCCUGUUGGAGAACAUGCCUUGGACUCGAGCAAGGAGUAUCCACUGUUAUGCAAUCACAAGAAUGAGUUGACCGAUUAAUUUUGUCCCUCUUUUUAGUACUCCUCUUCUGGUGAAGAUAGGAAUGAGGAUAGGAGUCGUCCAAUCCGAAUCAAGUAUCAUUAUCAUCAUCAUCAUCAUCAUGAUCAUCAUCAUCAUCAGUAAUCGGAAUCAAUAUCAAACUCAAUCGCACUUUUUUUGUGCAAGAAUCGUUGAGUACUUCGGGCUCAUGCACCAGUAGGGACUAGCACUACUAGUUGCACCUACUUCAUAUAGAAGUAUUCACUCAAAAAUAUCUAGCAAGUACUAGAGACUUUUAUUUAGCAUUAACAGACGUUCUUCUAAUAUAACGAUACACCUGGAUUCUCUCGGAGAUGACAGACACGCAGAACAAAAACAAAACCGGAUGGGACAAGGAUGGCAUACACGAGGUGCAAAUUUAUUUAACCGAUCAUGCUUGCCCAACCACAUUCUUUUUUGAUUUUGACAAAUCUAAUUCGGGAAUACUAGCUGAACUCUUUCUGUUACAACCCUAAAUCAUAGACUAGUUAAGCCCAUUUUUCAUCAACUUCAGGUAGCCAAAAUCGAUUCUAUUAGUUCUUUUUGGAAAUACUGGAAUUUCCUGCCGCAACCUAGUGAGCUGCUCUUGGGCAAGCGACUUAUUUCUCAAAGAGACGGGACUAGUGCAGUGAACUGCGUCAUGCUUUUUAGGCAAAACAUCAAGCCAGCAUGGGAAGAUCCGUUCAAUGCGGUACUGUUUACGCUUUUAUUUGUUUCCACCCCCCGCCUUGCAAGUCCGAGCAGUUCUUUUUUACGUUGUAGUAAAUCGUCCAGUUCUCAUGUAUUAAAUAUCAUGAUGGUGUGUCGAAUUUAGACAAAGAGAUGAACAAGCUCUCGAACACUUCCACAAAAACAAAUGAUGCUACUUACUAACCUGUUCAUCUUGUUCUUCAUGAAUUAGAGGCAGGUUUUUGGUGCUCGCUUACCCCGCUUGUUAUGCAAGAAAAGCACCUUUAGCCUACCCUUAAGAAUCCUUCUGAAUUAUCUGAAAACAGGAAGGAGGUGAGUUCCGAGUAAGCAUGAAGAAAGCGUCUUUCCAAGAAGUCGCGGGUCUCGCGGAUGAACUUUGGAACAACUUAGUUCUCGGUGUCCUUGGAGGUACGAUUCAGCCAGCUAGUAUGAUUUCUGGUCUCCGGUUGGUAGACAGACUGGACUACUCAAAAGCUCACUCUGCGCUACGAAUUGAGGUGUGGUUUACGGACCGAUCACGAGCAGACCCGAAUGAAGUGGGGGAUAAAGUUAAGACUGGCUAUAAUAAUCGACUGGUUUUUUUUCAUUCACUUGUUUUUCUACCUUCGUUCCUGUUUGAGUGAUCAAUAUGGGAAAAAAUAAGCCUGUUGUCGGCCGUUGUCUUUUUAUUCAGUCCCCUUUUUGAAAAGUAAGUCUAAGCACCAAGAAAAUCUUCGAUCUUCUUCUAAUCUGAAUUUUUUGGCUGUAGUAGCGCAACUGAAAAAGAGUGUGGAAACCUGCAUGCUCACAAAGCUGAACGGCGAAAAGCGCACGGAGAAAGCGGUAUACGGAGAGAUCGCCACCAGUUACCACGGCCAACCUGGGGGACACUAAAACUAAUAUUAAUAUUUACACCUAGAACUUCUUCCUAAAUAAUAUCGCAGUCAACGUGAAGAAGACGGGGGCCACUAAAUCUAAAAUUUAGUGAAGAAGAGGUCAUGCCUAAAGAACUACUGCGCUUCUACAUGAUCGCAUGAUGAAGCCUGUUCUUGGUCAUCUACAACACGAUGAACUUGGACUGGGACUGCAUCCAGAAGAACUUUACCUUUUUAGCUCCCACUAAUGCAUUCGAAACCUUAAGCACCCACUGCUUGUCACUUCCCGACACAAGUAUGCCCCUCAGAUUGUAGGAGGAAUCUAAAAUGAACACAGCUAUGUGGUAAACUCUCCCAGCUUUUAUACGGAUGUUCUCCCGUGUACUAGUAUAAUACAGGUGGAUGAAU